AAUGGACAAUAGAAGCCACUCUAAUCCACAAGACACAUUUCCUGUCUUCUCUGAGUCCUCCCACUUGCCGCUACCCAGGUCCUUCUACCUGGACCCCAUGGUCACUUUCCACCUGUACCCUGAGGCCCAGGUGCCACCCCCUUACUCUGAAGAGCUGUCAUUGCUGCCUUUUACUAGUGACUCCCUGAUCCUGGAAAAUUAUGGUGAGCCCUACCCUUUUCCCUUUCCGAUGCCUUAUCCGAAUUACAGAAGAUGUGAGUACUCCUAUGGGCCUGCCUUCAUCAGGAAAAGGAAUGAGCGGGAGAGGCAGCGUGUGAAGUGUGUCAACGAGGGCUACGCCCAGCUCCGACAUCAUCUGCCGGAGGAGUACUUGGAGAAGCGACUCAGCAAAGUGGAAACUCUCCGAGCUGCAAUCAAAUACAUUAGCUACCUGCAGUCUCUUCUGUAUCCCGAUAAAGCUGAGACCCAGAAUAACCCUGGGAAAGGCUCUGCCCUAAUGGCAACUUCCAGCCGCCACGCUGACCCUAUUUUCAGAAUCGUCUGAGCUAGGCUUUUCAACAAAAGAAAUGCACAGAAUGGAGUCUCUUGAAACAUCACUCAAUAGUUUUUCCUAAAUGUAAUUCCUGUGCGGGCAAAUAGUAGCGCCAGUGCCAACCUAUACUGCGUAUUCCU